AUGAUGACAACUACAUUGACAUGUUUGGUCAUCGUCUUGGUGAUGAUACCACUCAUCAAAGCAGAUUGCGGAGCUGUUUAUUUGGGUUGCUUCAAAGAUGAAAUACCACGUGAUUUGAAUGGGCUUGGUGAACUGUAUGGUUAUCGUCCAGGAGCUAUGACCAUUCAAAAAUGCAUCGAUUAUUGUCUUGAGAAGGAAUCUGAUGAUGUAGAAGCGUUGACACAUACGUACAGAGAGGCAGUUAUGGAUAUUACUGUUACAACGGCAAUUUGUGACAGCGGUGAGGAUAUAAAAGAUGGCGAAGAUGAUGUGUCUGCAGGAGCGCCAUCUAACCUUGAUCUCUUGGAUCCUAAUCUUCCAGAGAGAUUUUCACAUUUUACAAUAAGAAAGCAGACGUCAUACAGAAAAGCGAUAUCGAAGAAUUCAUAUGGUGCGAGUAACCUCCUCCACCCCGGGCACGCUGAACAUGGUUACACCCCCUCCCCCUCUAAAGACCUCUGUACAACCACUGACUGGAGUGAUAAUGCAGUAAACGGUGACCAUAUAUGGACAGAUACGAAUGCAUCAGGUGAUACAUGUUACGUGGGUGAAACAGACUGUGUCAGAACAGGUUCCAGGAAGAAAUGUGCAGCAUGUAAAAUCUUAGUACACACUGGCUGUGUACAUCAUUUAGAAAGGAUUAAUUUCCGAUGUAAACCAACAUUCCGUGAAGCAGGGGUGAGAAAUUAUAGAGAGCAAACUUUUAUGCGUCAUCACUGGGUCCACAGACGAAGACAGGAGGGCAAGUGUAAGCAAUGUGGCAAGUCUUUCCAACAGAAGUUUUCCUUUCACAGUAAGGAAAUCAUUGCAAUAAGCUGCUCGUGGUGCAAGGCUGCUUACCAUAACAAAAUCACGUGCUUUAUGAUGCAACAAAUAGAAGAGCAGUGCACUCUGGGUAUGCACGCGGGAAUAAUCAUCCCACCAUCUUGGAUAAUCAAAAUACCACGAAAAGGCUCAUUUAAAAGUUCAAUACGCAAGAAGAAAAAGGCCUCACUCAAGAAAAAGCGCAGUAAUACUGAUCAUAAACCAUUUAUAAUCAAGUCAAUCCCGUCACCCCAUUUGAAGCCCUUAGUUGUCUUUAUCAACCCGAAAUCAGGUGGGAACCAGGGAGGCAAAUUAUUGCACAAAUUUCAUUGGUUGCUCAACCCCCGACAGGUGUUCGACUUAUCCUCAGGGGGACCAAAGUUUGGUUUAGAAAUGUUUAAGAAAGUGCCUAACUUGCGUGUGUUGGCUUGUGGAGGGGACGGGACUGUUGGAUGGAUUCUGCAGACUCUAGAUAACCUAGGGAUCACCCCUUGUCCCCCUGUGGCGAUUCUUCCCCUGGGGACAGGAAACGACCUCGCACGCACACUCAACUGGGGAGGGGGUUACACAGAUGAGCCCAUCUCGAAGAUUUUAUGUAAUGUGGAAGAUGGACCUGUUGUUCAGCUUGAUCGCUGGAAUAUUGAAGUGACUCCCCUGGAGGGGGUAGAAAUUGACCCAGAGGAUCAAGCAGCCAGGGAUGCAGGGGCAACAACGAUGCCUUUAGAUGUAUUCAAUAAUUAUUUUAGUCUAGGGGCUGAUGCUCAUGUAGCCCUAGAAUUUCACGAAUCCAGAGAGGCCAAUCCUGAAAAGUUUGACAGCCGAUUCAGGAAUAAGAUGUUCUAUGCAGCGGCUGGAGGAAAGGGACUUCUGCAGCGUAAUUGGCGUAACCUAGCAGAGCACCUCAGAUUGGAAUGUGAUGGCGUAGACUUGACAUCUAAAAUCAAAGACCUCAGGAUUCACUGCCUUGUAUUUCUCAAUAUUCCCAAAUAUGCAAGUGGUACCACCCCAUGGGGAAGCACAGCAAGUUUUGAGCCCCAGCGUCAUGACGAUGGCUAUUUAGAGGUCCUGGGCUUCACCGCAGCCUCUUUGGCAGCACUUCAGAUGGGAGCUCAUGGUGAGAGGAUCGCACAAUGCAAGUCAUGUCGUCUCACAACACACAAAACCAUUCCUAUGCAAGUUGACGGAGAGCCGUGUCGUCUUUUCCCGUCAGUUAUUAACAUAUCGCUACGUAACCAAGCCAAUAUGGUCCUGAAGCCUAAACGCAGGGGGUCUAUUCCAAUACUAAAUGAUCCCCCUUCUGUGGCUGAGAGACUUAGAAUUCAGGUCAGCAAGAUCAGCCUUGUGGACUAUGAAACCUUACAUUACGAUAAGGACAAGCUACGGGAAUCAUCGACUCCAAUGGGGAUCAUUGUUGUUGAAAAUGAUGCUGAUCUUGAAACAAUCCGUAAACAUAUCAAUAAUCUGCAAGAGGAUAUUGUCAAAUCCAAUCAGGGACUGCAGGGAGGUGAGCAGAGUCUGUCUCAGAACUGGUGCUUUGUCGACUCAACUACGACUGACAGGUUCUUCAGAAUUGACCGUGGACAGGAACAUUUACAUUACGUCACAGAUAUCUCUUCUGAGGACCUCUAUAUUCUUGAUCCAGAACUACCAACGACAUAUGCAAGGAAUAAGGUAUCCAAUGGUGAUGUAUAUAACACUCCGGUAGUGUCACCCCUACAACAAUCCAAUGGUCACCAUGGCAACAGUAACCAAGGCAAUGAGAAUGCUCCAAUAUCACUCACAUUUACACUACCUGUCACUCCACCCAAGUCUCCAAAUUUUGUGAGUGGGACAAACCUCCAUCACCUGAGGCUAGAGAGCAAGGAAAACCUGCUUGCACCCUCCUUGCCAGGGUCUAACAAUAGCUCAGAACCAGGGUCCCCCAAGUCACCAGAGAUGUCCAAGAAGUUCACCUCCAACUCAGAACCCUGUCUACAACACCCAACUCUUAGUACCAAAGACAAACAACUAAUUGAUGCGUCAAAACGUGGUGACUUGAAAAAGAUGCGUGAACUUGUUGAGCAAGAUGCAAGCCUCAUUGUGGCAGAUCAGUAUGGGAUGACGGCACUUCACCACGCUGCGAGGUUUGGCCACAAAGAGGUUGUGAAAUAUCUCAUUGAAAAUGCACCCCCAGUUAUCUUAGAUAAGGUGGACCUUGAAAAGGGCCAGACUGCUCUCCAUAAGGCUGCUUGGUACCAGAGACGCACAAUCUGCUGUUUGUUAGUGGCGGCAGGGGCUUCACUCACACGCACAGACUACCAGGGCAAUACUCCACGUCUACAGGCUGUGAAAGCAGAAGACAAGGAGCUAGCUGCUUAUUUAGAGAGUCAGGAACAUUUUCAACUAGUAGUAUCAGAGGAUCAAGAAACCGCUGUUUAGUCAAAUUAGGGAAUAUUUGUGUAGUGUAUGCUCUAUUCAGAGAUGUGCCUGAAAAAUGGGGAUACGGAAACCAUGUGGUUGUGAUAUCACAUGUGAUGUCAUAUAUAUCAUGUGGAUACGGAAACCCAGUGAUAUCGGUUGUGCAAAACUGCCUUACUGUAGAUUUGGAGAAGAAAUUAGAGGAUUUAGAAACAGUUUUGAUGUCAGUGAAAUAUUUAGAUGUUCACCUUUACCAUGUUUACCCUAGGAAAACUCCAAAUUAUACACUACAAAGAGAAGACUGAAUAUGCAGAGAUAAAUCGUAAACUAUAAGACGACUUGUAUUUAAGACCAUGAAUGAAGGUUGAAUUUGCCUUUCAAUGUACAAACCAUACAAUCAAUGAUCAUGUGUUGACCUAUCAUGGGUCUAGAUACAUGUGUAAGGGCUUUAACUGCACAUAAUGAUUGGUCGAAUUACGUACCCUUUAUGUAUAUUAGAGCUUUAAAUACACAAUCUGAUUUGUCAAAUUACAUGUGUAGGGCUUUAAAUACACAUUGAUUGAUCCAAUUCCAUAUAUUCGAGCUUAAAAUACACAAACUGAUUGGUCUAGUUUUGUAGUUACAUGUGUGAGAGCUUUAACUACACAAACUGGUUGCUCUAUGUACAUGUUUUAGA